AUGGUGGACUGUUUGUGGAAAUGCAGCAGCACAAAGCGAAACUACUGCACAAACCACAACACCACUUCUUUCAACCACAACUGUGACCCCUACAACAUUGUUUACAUCCUUAGAAACAACAACAACUGCACCUUUAGUAACAAAAAUGACAACAAUGACCCCUACAACAACAACUACAUCUUCAGAAACUACAACUUCAACUACCCUACAACAACAACUACAUCUUCAGAAACUUCAACUUCACCUUCAACAACCAUUACUGUGACACCAACAACCACGACCAUAUCCUUGGAAACUACAACUGCACCUACAACAACCAUAACUUCUCCAAUCACAACACCAUCAACAACAACUGAAUUUACUAAAGUGACAACAAUGAUCCCUACAACAACAACUACAUCGUCAGCAACUACAACUUCACCUUCAACAACCAUAACUGUGACACCAACAACCAUGACCACAUCCGUGGAAACUACAACUGCACCUCCAUCAACAACGACUUCUCCAAUCACAACACCAUCAACAACCACUGAAUUUACUACAGUGACAACAAUGACCCCUACAACAACAACUACAUCUUCAGCAACUACAACUUCACAUUCAACAGUGACAACAAUGACCCCUACACCACCAACUACAUCUUCAGCAACUACAACUUCACCUUCAACAACCAUAACUGUGACACCAACAACCAUGACCACAUCAUUGGAAACUACAACUGCACCUCCAAUAACAACGACUUCAAUCAAAACACCAUCAACAACAACGGAAUUUACUACAGUGACAACAAUGACCCCUACAACAACAACUACAUCUUCAGAAACUACAACUUCACCUUCAAAAACCAUUACUGUGACACCAACAACCAUAACCACAUCCUUGGAAACUACAACUGCACCUCCAUCAACAACGACUACUCCAAUCACAACACCAUCAACAACCACUGAAUUUACUACAGUGACAACAAUGACCCCUACAACAACAACUACCACUGAACAAACUACAGUGACAACAAUGACCCCUACAACAACAACUACAUCUUCAGCAACUACAACUUCACCUUCAACAACCAUAACUGUGACACCAACAACCAUGACCAAAUCCUUGGAAACUACAACUGCACCUCCAUCAACAAGGACUUCUCCAAACACAACACCAUCAACAACCACUGAAUUUACUACAGUUACAACAAUGACCCCUACAACAACAACUACAUCUUCAGCAACUACAACUUCACCUUCAACAACCAUAACUGUGACACCAACAACCAUGACCACAUCCUUGGAAAUUACAACUGCACGUCCAUCAACAAGGACUUCUCCAAACACAACACCAUCAACAACCACUGAAUUUACUACAGUGACAACAAUGACCCCUACAACAACAACCACAUCUUCAGCAACUACAACUUCACCUUCAACAACCAUAACUGUGACACCAACAACCAUGACAACAUCCUUGGAAACUACAACUGCACCUCCAACAACCAUAACUUCUCCAAACACUACACCAUCAACAACAACUGAAUUUACUACACAACUACAACUUCACCUUCAACAACCAUUACUUGACAACAAUGACCCCUACAACAACAACUACAUCUUCAGCAACUACAACUUCACCUUCAACAACCAUAACUGUGACACCAACAACCAUGACCACAUCCAUGGAAACUUCAGCUGCACCUCCAACAACCAUAACUUCUCCAAUCACAACACUAUCAACAACAACAGAAUUUACUACAGUGACAACAAUGACCCCUACACUACCAACUACAUCUUCAGCAACUACAACUUCACCUUCAACAACCAUAACUGUGACACCAACAACCAUGACCACAUCAUUGGAAACUACAACUGCACCUCCAAUAACAACAACUUCAAUCAAAACACCAUCAACAAAAACGGAAUUUACUACAGUGACAACAAUGACCCCUACAACAACAACAACUACAUCUUCAGCAACUACAACUUCACCUUCAACAACCAUAACUGUGACACCAACAACCAUGACCAAAUCCUUGGAAACUACAACUGCACCUCCAACAACCAUAACUUCUCCAAACACUACACCAUCAACAACAACUGA